AUGGCUGACUCUUCUACUCCGCCAUCAUCAUCAUCAAGUCUUGUUUCAGUUAAUUCAUCAUCAUCAUUUCCUUUUUUCAAAUGUACUUUUCUGGAUAAAGAUACAGAUUUGAAUGAAAUACCAGUCUGGAAUAAUGAUAUUAGAAUAUUACUUUCAUAUUGGCUUCAACAAAGAGCUAAUCAUGAUGAUAUAUUCGGAAGUUUUCGAUCGGCAAAUGCACAUAUCGAUAGUUUGGGUGAAGUUGAUGUUAUUUCAGAUGCUGAGCAUAUAAAAAAAUUACUCAAAGUACCAUUUAAUAAGCAUAGUCAAAUAUCUAUGAUUGUACAUCGUUUGGGUCGAACCAUACUUCUAGAUGAAUUUGAUGUACAUUCACAUUUAUUACGUCUUGAAAAAAAUGAUUGGACAUGGUUUCGAGAUUUUUUUCUCGAUACUGUUUUACGUAAUAUUUCAGUCAAACAUUUUUAUAAAAAAAAUAAAACACGUGAUGAACUUAUACGAAAAGAUCGAUUAGUUAAAUUUUUAUGUCAAAGUGUUGAAUUGCCUGAAUCAACACGUUCAAAUUCUGAUAAUAAUGAAUCUCAACCAACAUCAUCAAGAAAUGAAAUAACUGCUGCAGCACUUCUACAACAAAUAAAAGAUAUUGUUAAUGCAAAUAAUGAUGUUGAAGAUAAUACUAAUCAUACUAAUUAUACAUCAUCACCAUUUCAACGAACAGUUAAUUGGACAUUUGAAAAUAUGAAAAUGUUAAUUGGCUCAGAUUUACCAAUUUUCGGUGAUGAACAACAUCCAGCUGUUAGUUUACGUUUAAGAGAUAUGAAUAAGCCUAUAAAUGUCUUAACGGGUAUUGACUGUUGGCUUGAUAAUUUAAUGUGUAAUGUUCCUGAAUUAGCUAUGUGCUAUCAUGUUGAUGGUAUUGUUCAAUCAUAUGAAAUAGUUAAAACCGAAGAUAUACCAUAUCGUGAAGGUUGUGAAUUUCAUCCAAAUGUUAUACGUGACUUAGCUACAAAUCUUCUUUCAUUUCUUAAAGCAAAUGCAACAAAAGAAGGACAUACAUAUUGGUUAUUUAAAGGUCCCGAUGAUGAUAUUGUUAAAUUAUAUGAUUUAACAAGUUUAUGUGAAACAAAUCGGGAUGAUAAUCCAUAUACAUUACCAGUUGCUACUUUGUUUUAUAAAAUGGCUCUUAAUAUGGUUUCAAAAUCUGAUCAUGAAACACGUUCUAAAGAAUCUGGUACUAUACGUACAUUACUCAAACAUUGUUUAGAUAUGCUUAAUCCAGAAAAAUUUCCUGAAUAUCAUUGUGCUGCUGCAUACAUGAUGUCUGAUCUUUAUAUUGACGAUAAUGUUAGUGAACAAAGUUGGACAUCAGAUGAAAGUGAUAUCGAAGAUCCUGAUCCGUUAGAAGAUGAUUUACCAUAUGAACAAGAUAAUGAUUCACAUUUAUAUACUUGUGUUGAUAUUAAAACACUUGGUCAACAACAACAACAGAAUCGUUAUCGAAAAACUCCAGAUGUAGAACGUCUAAGACCGAUUCAUGGAAAUUUAGAUAGACGAGCAACAGAAGCACUUAAAUAUUUAGUUGAAGCACUGCGAAGUAACACAAUACAUCGUCGAACUCAAGCUGCUAAUACUUCUACUACUAAUUCUGAUCCAGCAAAUGAACAGGAAAAUUCAUCAACAAAUAAAGAUCAAAAAUCAAAAGUUAUAGUACCAUUACCAUAUAAAGCUACACGACAGUCAUCAAAAAUAUUAAUUGAUAAUAAAAAUCAUUUAACAAAUGAUGAACGUUUAAAAGCAAUUAUUUUACAUAAAGCAGCUGCAGCAUAUUUUUGUUUAGUUGAUCGAAAUGAAAAAGAAAAAAAUUAUGGAUCUUGUUUACGUUAUCUUCGAUUGGCACUUAAUUGUUAUAGUGCCGAAGCUAAACUUCAAUCAGUUGAUCAUAAUAAUAGUACUACUGAAUGUAAAAAAUUAUUAUCAUAUAUAAUGAGUAUUGCGGGUGAUUGUCGAUUAAUGAUUGCACAUAUAACAUCAGCAGAAGAAAUAGAAAAAUAUCGUGAACAAUAUCAAACAAUGAAUGAAGUUGAUCUUGAAAUUAACAAAAUUAUUGUUGAAGUUGGAAUCGAUGCGAAUUUAUCUGAAUUUGCUUGGGUAUCAGAAUUAACACCUGUUAUCGAUCGUAAUCUAUUUGCUAGUGUACAUGCAUACGAAUAUGCAAUAAAUAUAGUUCGUAAUCUUGGUGAUCAUGAGAAAAAACGUCUUCAAUUAUUAACAAAACGUUUUGGAAAUGUUCGAAAUGAAAUGGGUGUUUAUUGGAUGAAUAAAUGUGCGCAAGCUGUUAAACAUUUAGAUCGUGAAGCAGCAAAGGAAACUAAAGAUCAAUUUCGAAAAAGUUUCGAAAGUUUUGAUGCUGGUAUUCAAGCAUUUGAAAGAAUAAAUGAUAUAUCAAAUAUAGCAUUGUUACAUUCAAAUCUUGGUCGUCUGAUGAGAUAUUAUGCACAAUUUUAUGCACCUGUUGUUAAUGGUGUUCGACAAGAAUUUUCACAACAAGAACGACAAAGUUAUCAAAAAGCAUUUGAUUAUUAUCUUCGAGGAUUAAAAUUAGUUGAAAAUCGAUUAGAUUUAAUUGAAGUUUAUCGUACUUUAUCAUGGGAAUUAUCAAAUAGUUAUUUUACAAUGGCAACAUCACUUCAAGAUUAUGCACCACUAAGUACAAUGUCUCAAGACGAUAUUGAAAAAGAAGUUAUUGAUUGUAUGACACGUGCAUUAAAAUAUCUUGAUGUUGAACUUAAUACUCCAUCAUCAGAUCGUUAUUCAAAUGCAAAAUAUCGAGCUGCUACAAUUCAUCAUCGAUUAGCAUCACUACUUCAUAAUACUUUUCGUUCUCAAAACAAUGCAACUCGUCGAAAACGUUUACGUGCAUUAGCAUCAUUACAUUAUCAAAAAGCUUUAGAAUUAUUUUCUCCACAUGAUAAUCCACUUGAAUAUUUACGUCUUUUAAUUGAAGAAGUUGCCUUAACAGAUUUUGAAUUGCAAAAUGCAACAGAUAAUUCAUCACGGUUAAAAUAUUCUCAACAAGGUUUACGUGCAUCAUUUCAAUGUCAAGAAUGUAUAGGUAUUAUAGAAAAACAUCGAAUAAGUUCUGAUCCAGAUGAUUAUACUGAAGUAUUUGCACAAGAAUCUCAACGUCUUCUAUCAAUAUUAAAUGGACGUAUACAAGCAUUUCUUAAAGAGCUUGUUAAAAUAUACAAAACAACAAUUAAAAAUAAAUCAAUCUAUGAAGAUUAUAAAGAAAUGUAUAGCAUAUCAUUACGAAUCGAUGAUAAAGCAAAAACAUUCUCAAAAGAUUUCUAUGAUGCCAUCGAACGUUUAAAAAAAAUUUAUGAAAAAAAUACCAGUGACUAA